UCUUCUGCGUUCAUUGUGUUUUUACAUACGUCGCGUAACUAUUUUGAUCAGUGAUUUUGACUGACGGACAUAACCUCUGGUGAACAGCUCCCCCGUUUGCUUCUCGUGGAAUUUUCCCUCUGCGUCGUCUGGUAGUUGAUUGACAGAAACUUAAAGAUGGCGGCAUCACCGACAGGAGAGUCAGAAGAUGAUCAAAUUUCUUCGAAAAUAAUAAUUAUCGGAGCUGGAAUGGCUGGGUUAGCCGCUGCAAAUCACUUUCUAAAAAAUGGAGAAUCGGAUUUUAUCAUACUUGAAGCAAGAGGACGUGUGGGAGGACGCAUUGUUGCUAUAGAAAUGGGAAAUGAAAAAGUCGAAUUAGGAGCCAACUGGAUCCAUGGAGUCUUAGGUAACCCGAUGUUUGAGUUAGCAAUGGCUAAUGGAUUAAUAGACAUAGUAAGUGUACCAAAGCCGCAUAAGGUAGUGGCAGCAAUGGAAGAUGGAAAACAAGUCCCAUUUCCAGUACUUCAAGAAAUAUACGAAGCAUAUGUCUGUUUCCUAAGACGCUGUGAAGAGUAUUUCUUGAGUGCCUAUAGUCCUCCUGAUGGAGUUGAUAGCGUAGGUGCCCAUAUAGCCCUUGAAGCGGACCUUUAUCUGUCUUCCUUACCUCCCGAAGAAAGAAGAGGAAGGGAAUUACUCUUUGAUUGUUUGCUCAAAAGAGAAACAUGCAUUACUGGCUGUGAUACCAUGGAAGAAGUUGACCUCCUUGAGAUGGGCUCAUAUGCAGAACUACAGGGUGGAAAUAUUAGUUUACCACAAGGGUAUAGCGCCAUUCUUGAACCAGUCGCCAGACAUAUUCCCAAAAAUUCCAUUCGCCUUAGACAUGCUGUUACAAAUAUAAGGUGGGACACAGUAGACGUAGACAGCACAGAUUCAGAUGAUUCUGACAGAACUGUAAUUCGAAGUACUGCAAAGAAAUGGCCUAUCGAGGUUACUUGUAGUAAUGGCAAAACGUUUCUUGCCCAAAAAAUAAUUUGUACCUUACCUUUGGGUGUUCUGAAAGAACAAGCUCAUACGCUGUUUCAACCACAAUUACCAACUUACAAAGUAGACGCCAUAAACCGCCUCAUGUUCGGAACUGUAGAUAAAAUAUUUUUGGAAUAUGAAAGACCCUUUCUGAAUCCAGGAAUAUCGGAAGUUAUGCUUCUAUGGGAUGACAGAGGAUUGACAGAAAGUGAAAAACAAGAUCUCAGCAAAACGUGGUUUCGGAAAAUUUAUUCUUUCAGUAAAGUUUCGGAUACCUUACUUCUGGGUUGGAUAUCUGGCAAAGCGGCUGAAUUCAUGGAAAGACUUACCCCAGAAGAGGUUUCCGAGACAUGUACAUCUAUUCUAAGAAAAUUCCUUCACGAUCCAUUUGUCCCUGUUCCAAAAUCAUGUGUGAGGACCACGUGGCAUACACAACCAUUCACCCGAGGUUCUUAUACAUCCAUGGCAGUCGGGGCAGGUCAAGUUGACAUCGAGAGUAUUGUCGAACCUCUGAGAUGCCGGGACGAUCCAUCGGAUAUAAGGGUAACCUUUGCCGGCGAACAUACUCACUCCUCAUUUUACAGUACUGUCCAUGGUGCUUACUUAACAGGCAGACGAGCUGCACAAACUAUUUUAGAAUCGAGAAAAACGGAGAAACAGCCGCUUAGUCUCAGUUGCGAAGAUACAAGUGAUCUUAGCUCAUGGAUCCAAGGCAUUUCAUUAGAUUAGGGUUGCUAUGGGUCGACGAUCUUCUGUGUUGGAACAAGAAUAAUUGAUUCACAAGUUCAACUUACAGGGUGGCCUAAACAAACGUUGAAUAAUUUUCUACGCGCACGUUUAAAAAAGUUCCUUUUGAUCUAACAUCGUUAUGCAUUUGGCAGAAAGAAUAUCAGGAAUAUUUUGCGGUAUAUUGAAAAAUUACAUUGGACGUAUGAAAGUGUACACCUGUAAUUGUCACAAAAUGUGCUGUGCAAUCUGUUGUUUUUUGUUUAUUUUUCCACAGUUUCAAACUGAUCGAUAUUCCAGAAAAAUUAUGUCCAGUUAUCACAAUAGAUCCGUAUCAAUGAGAUCUCAUUGUCUAGAAAUCGAUACCUUGCUUCGAAUGAUUAUUAGAACAAUUUACAGAGACUAAUAAAUUUCCAAGCUAAGAUUUUUAUUGCCCUGUUACUAUGUCGGAACCCGCCAGUAGAUAAUAACUAUAACGUAUUCCAGUUUUGUGAAUCGUACGACUGUAACAAUUUGUUUAUUACUAAUUCAACACAUGCGGUGUAUAUGGUUCUUCGAUUAACACACGCAUACCUAGAUCGUAAUUUUGUAAAUAUAAUAUCAUUAGAAAGUGCGUAUGCUGUUGUACAUAAAAUCGCCUAUCUAGAAUUAACUUUUUAUUUAACAGCGUAAUGCAUAAUUAAGGCAGCAAAUUUAAAGCUAAAGCUCUAACAAUUUUAUUGAUAAGAUACGUUUCCUGUACUAUAAAUUACUUCUAGUCAAAUAAGUUCAAUUAAUUGCAUGACACCCUCUUUGAUAACUUGUUAAAUAAGUUUUGCAUUGAUCACUUUAUUACUAUUUCUUUGAAUCACAGGUGGAUUAUUGCUCGCCGUAAAUAGCCUUACCAUGCUUAUGUGUGAUAGCUAUAAGCAGCUUUAGCUCUGUCCAUUGGUACCGCAGAGACUUAUGACUUCGUUUUUGAUAAAUUUUAUCUCUUUCGAAUAUGACAAAAAAAAAAUAUCUGCACAGUAAUUCGCUAAUGAAAAUUUAUCAAUGUUUUCAUCACACGUGACUGAGUCGUAAAUAAUAUCAGUAAGGGGAUUCAUACACGUGAGCUAUUAUCUGUCACUUAUCAAUGACAGAGCUAGGGCCCUGUGAUCUUUCAAUACCAAAGUACCUUAAUACAGAGUAACAUGCAUUCUGAAAGUUUUGUGAGUCCGGUAGUGUCAAAAUCCAGCGAAAUUGAUAAAGAUUGUAGAUAAUUGUUGAUUGAUUAUUAUACUUGCUGAUAUAAAUACUAAGGUGAGAUUUAUCUAGUCAUAAAUUUCACGUUCAUGCUGACUUGGAAUAAUGGCUUGAUUUUGCUAGUGUCAAUAGAAAUAGUGAUCGACGUGCAUUUUAUUAGCAAAGAAGUAUAGAUUUUAUGCCUCAAUCGUGGUGAUACCAUAUUUUUUGGCAAACAGAACACUGAAAAGUAGACAUCGAUGAUACUGUAACAUAUUUAGAAAUUUGAUAGCCUUUUUUUUGUAUUGUAGGGAACUUUGCAGCCGUAUAGUAUUAUUCGUUGCACGUUUGUUCAACUUUCUAGAGUAUUUUUUUAACAAUUAUUCAAAAGUUGAGGUACGAAGUUCCAGUUUCUGGAAUAUACGAUACCUCAACAUAACACCGUUUGAGGUAUUAUGAAAUGACUACUCAACAUCAAUAUGCCAUUGCACAAAGCCAAAGCCAAUUUGCGUAUGAUGAGUGGUACCUAUUUUAGGUAUUUGAUAUUGUUCCUUUUUGAAAAUAAAUUAAAUUUAUUAAAAAUGUUUUGACUUCAGUUUCAAUUGAUCACAAUUUUAUUAUGUUGUUAUUUUGUAGCCUUUUACAGAUGUUGCAUUAUUUAUUUAUAUAUACUUGUAUAUUUACGUUACUCAAUAUUUAAUAUGAAUAUAAUGUGAAUAAAAUACCGUAAUACCUUCAA